AUGCACUCUUUUGCCGCCUGGAGUCCCGUGUCUCCUCUGAGCUAUCCGGACCUGGACUUAGAGGGCGAAGAUGCUGGCCUGGACGGAGACGCUAGCCCUUCAAGUACUUACCCUCUGCCCUCAAAAGCCCUGGGGAGCAGCAGCCUGAGCAAAAACAUCCCCAAAGCGAGAGUGACCAAGGCCCCUGCGAAUCCAGCCCAGUCUGGGGACGAGCUCCCUGAGCUGGAGUGGGCAGGGACAGCCCUGCCCACACAUCCAGACAUCCAGGCUCUGUCCACAUUGCUUCCAGAGCAGGAGGGUGCCAAUCACACUUUUGCCCCCAGUAGGAAACCACCUUCUCUCAAGCAGAUGAACACCACCAAGAAGCAGCUGGGGCCAAAAGUGACCCCCACGGCAGCCCUCCAGAGGCUGGAAUCCCAGCCGGCAUCCUCAGGGCUGGGUCUGUUCUCCAAAGAGAAACCCAACCCCCCGGGGGACCUGGACCUGUUCAUCUCUGCAGAAACAAGCCAGCCGUCAUCAGACGUGCCCCUCUGGCUCAACCGGAAGGAAGGCACUGUCCCCACAACACCUGCCCCCCUGCAGAUCUCCCCAUUCACCUCACAGCCCUACGUGGCCCACACGCUCCCCCAGAAGCCAGAGCCUGAGGAGCCAUCAGGACCAGAGGAGGUCCAUGAUGCUCCCCCAGAGGAGGCCAGUCCCUUGAGCCUGAUGGACAAAGGAGGUGAGAACGAGCUGACGGGGUCAGUGAAGAGUGUGAACCUGUCUGAGGGGGAGCUGCUGUCCAUCCGGGGGGUGGACGGCCCCACCCUGACAGUCCUCGCCAACCACACACUCCUGGUGGAGGGGCAGGUGAUCCGGAGCCCCACCAACACCAUCUCCAUCUACUUCCGGACCUUCCAGGAGGACGGCCUUGGCACCUUCCAGCUGCACUACCAGGCCUUCAUGCUGAGCUGCAACUUUCCCCGCCGACCUGACUUUGGGGAUGUCACCGUGAUGGACCUGCACUCAGGUGGGGUGGCCCACUUCCACUGCCACCUGGGCUAUGAGCUCCAGGGUGUCAAGACACUGACGUGCACCAAUGCCUCUAAGCCCCACUGGAGCAGCCCAGAACCCAUCUGCUCAGCUCCCUGUGGAGGGGCAGUGCACAAUGCCACCAUCGGCCGCGUCCUCUCCCCAAGUUAUCCUGGAAACACCAAUGAGAGCCAGUUCUGUGUGUGGACCAUCGAAGCUCCAGAAGGCCAGAAGCUGCAUCUUCACUUUGAGAGACUGUCGUUGAAUGAGAAGGACAGAAUGAUGGUCUACAGCGGGCGAACCAACAAGUCAGCUCUUCUCUAUGACUCUCUUCAAACCGAGAGCGUCCCCUUUGAGGGCCUGCUGAGUGACAGCAACACUAUCCGCAUCGAGUUCACAUCCGACCAGGCCCGGGCGGCCUCAGCCUUCAACAUCCGAUUCGAGGCUUUUGAGAAAGGCCACUGUUACGAGCCCUACAUUCAGAAUGGGAACUUUACCACAUCCGACCCAACCUAUAACAUCGGGACCAUAGUGGAGUUCACCUGCGACCCCGGCCACUCUCUGGAACAGGGCCCAGCCAUCAUCGAGUGUAUCAAUGUCCGGGACCCUUACUGGAAUGACACGGAGCCCCUGUGCAGAGCCAUGUGUGGUGGGGAGCUCUCUGCUGUGGCCGGAGUGGUGCUGUCCCCCAACUGGCCAGAGCCCUAUGUGGAAGGUGAAGACUGUGUCUGGAAGAUCCACGUCGGGGAGGAAAAGAGGAUCUUCUUGGAUAUCCAACUCCUGAACCUCAGUAACAGCGACAUCCUGACCAUCUACGAUGGUGAUGAGAUCAUGCCUCACAUCCUGGGGCAAUACCUUGGGAACAGUGGCCCACAGAAGCUGUACUCCUCCACGCCAGACCUAACCAUCCAAUUCCACUCGGACCCAGCUGGCCUCAUCUUUGGGAAGGGCCAAGGAUUCAUCAUGAACUACAUAGAGGUGUCCAGAAACGACUCCUGCUCGGAUUUGCCUGAGAUCCAGAAUGGCUGGAAAACCACUUCUCACACGGAGCUUGUGAGAGGAGCCAGAAUCACCUACCAGUGUGACCCCGGCUAUGACAUCGUGGGCAGCGACACACUCACCUGCCAGUGGGACCUCAGCUGGAGCAGCGACCCCCCAUUCUGUGAGAAAAGUAAGAAGAGCCUUGUUUUCUUCCUCUUGGUCAACCAAGGGCCUUACCGGCUUUUGUGUUUAGUAGCAGAAGCGGCAGCCGAGACGUCCCUGGAAGGCGGAAACAUGGCACUGGCUAUCUUCAUUCCCGUCCUCAUCAUCUCCUUACUGCUGGGAGGAGCCUACAUUUACAUCACCAGAUGUCGCUAUUACUCCAGCCUCCGGCUGCCCCUCAUGUACUCACACCCCUACAGCCAGAUCACGGUGGAGACGGAGUUUGACAACCCCAUUUACGAGACAGGGGAAACCAGAGAGUAUGAAGUCUCCAUCUGA